AUGAAGAACCAUCAGUCUCGCCCUACAGGAUCACAACCAUUCCCUGAAGCGAAUGCUACUUUUACUAGUGGUUAUGGCAAUAGACGUGGUGGAAGGCAUGGCAAAGCCCGUAACCGUGGUCAGGGUCGACAAAAUGGCCAAGCUCGUGGGGGCUACAACCAGCAGUUGGGCCCAAGGAACAAUGCCAAGAUUACUAAAGGAAAUGGUCAGAUGAUCAAACCUCAUAAAAAUGAAGACAGUGUUUGUCUUAGAUGUGGUGGUAAAGGCCAUUGGGCUCGCACCUGUCGUGCAGAAGACCAUUUGGUGGCCCUCUACAAAGCUUCCUUGAAAAAGAAACAUGUGGAGACAAACUACAUUGACCACUCUGACCCUUGGGAUUCAUCUGAGCCUAUAGACAUUACUCCGCUCGAUGUCUCAGAUUUUUUUGCGAACAAUGGAAGCAAUUUUGAUGAUAUGACCAGUGGUGGAAUUCUUGACGACUACUAG